AUGUAUUCCAGUCUUUUGGCGAUUGUCGGUGGUCUUUCCACCCUGACAGCCGCUCUGCCCAGCAGCGCUCCCCAAGAGCCUUGUGCCCAGCUCAGCCAUACUUUCAAAGAAUGGAAGUCCGCUUAUCUCAAGAACCCAAUGAGCGUGGACCACUACCUCCCCGGAGACCUUGUCCAUGAAUGCUUGCAGACGAUCCCGUUCGACUCCAAGAGAGCCAUCGAGUUCCUCGCCGAGGCCAGAAAGUACCUGCAGUUCCAGUCCACCACAGAGAUCCUCAAGAACCCCCCGUCUGGAUAUCUGAUGCCCGCAGUCGAUCUGUUUGGUGGCUUGGACUUUAUCGAACAGCAGGCAGCCAACAACAAGUACGCCAGCCAGACCGACUUUGAUGUCGCCAUCCACAACCUGCUCUCUUCGGCCCACGAUGGCCAUCUUAGCAUCCAGGGGAUGUGCUCCCAGUUGCUCUUCAACUACCAGAUUACCAUGCCCGUCGUCUCGGUGUCGAGCGACGGCCUGCAGCUUCCUCAAAUUUACGCCGCAAACGACCUUCCCCUUCUCCGGAACGGCUCGCACCAGGUUUCUCCGGUCGUCAAGGUCGAUGGCGAAGAUGCCGAGACUUUCUUCAAGAGCCAGUCCAUGAAGGCCGGCAACCAAGACCCCGAUGCGCUGUACAACAGCGUCUUCCACACCUUUGCUCGCGGCGGCAUUGGAUCUUCUACCGCCGCUGGUACAUGGACGGUGUCCACCGUCUGGCCCGGGCAGUCCAACUACACCUUUGAAUUCGGCAACGGAACCACUCGCCAGGCCCAGACGGUGGCCGUCCCCAAGUCGAAGAGCUUUGACUACGGGAGUGGCAAGGAGAUCUUCAAGGAUCUUUGCAUCCCCAAGAAGGCAUCUUCCUCGUCCGCCAUUGCCUCUUCGUCCGCCACUCCUGCCUCCUCUUCUUCUGCCCUGCUGUCGGCUACUCCCACUCCCACUCCUUCCUCCGGUGUCUCUGGAAUGCCUGCCCCAACGACGCUCCCCAAGGCAGUUGUGCGCGAGCCCAACAACUUCGUUUCCGGAUACUUCCUCAACGAGAAGGACACUCAGGAUGUGGCGGUUCUCUUGAUUCCCACCUUCGCAGUCAAGACCCCCUACCUGGAAUCCUUUGUCAACUCGACCGCCAAAUUCCUCAAGGAGGCCGCCGCAGCUGGCAAGAAGAAGUUGGUGAUCGAUGUCACUGGUAACGGUGGAGGUCUUGUCGAGCUCGGUCAGAUCUUGUUCAAAUUCCUGUUCCCCAACGCGCCCAUCCAAAAUGCCGGACGCUUCCGUUUCCACGAAGCCAUCAACCUCAUGGGAAAGACAUACGGCUACCUCGACUACAACGACGGGCCAGAAGACUUGAUGGAAAUUAGAAUUCUCAAUGGAUUCGCUCGCACAGCCGCUGUGACUCCGGAUCAGAAACGCGGCUUCAAAACCGUGUCGGAUCUGUAUGGUCCCCACGAGAUCAUGGGCCAGAACGUCUCGAGCCUCUUUUCCAACAACCUCACCUUGACUUCUGAGACACCAGGGCUUGCUCAAGACUACGACAUCACCGCCCCCCUCUUCAAGCCCGAAAACAUUCUUCUCGUCACCGAUGGAUACUGCGCCUCGACCUGCACCAUCUUCAGCGAGAACCUCAAGGACCAGGGCGUCAAGAGCCUCGUCUUCGGUGGCCGACCUCAGGAUGGACCCAUGCAAGCCAUCGGUGGUGUCAAGGGUAGCCAGGCAGCCGAGCAACAGACCUUUGACCUCUUUGUCAGCGAAGCUCAAGGCCUCCAAGCCGCCUCUGUCGAGAACGGCGAGCCUCUUCUCACCCCCGAGGAGAUGAAGCGAUUCAACGAGACUGUUCCCGGUCUGAAGGAUCUCGCCUUGCCUGGCAAGUUCAACGUCAACCUCAAGAACCAGUACGCUUCCGAGGACAGCAUUGUUCCUUUGCAGUUUGUCUACGAGGCCGCGGACUGCCGACUCUUCUACACUGCCGAGAACAUUCUCCGUCCUGGCACCAGCUGGGCCAAGGCUGCUCGCACUUUCUGGGGCAAUGGCAAGUGUGUGGCUGGUUCGUCUGACAAGGCGACUCCUUCUGGAAAGCCUUCCAGUUCGGCCACCGCUUCUGCUACUCCUAGUAGCACUGCUUAG